CAUUUUUGCGGGAGCGCGAUCAUUACACAGUUGGAACGACUCAGAAUAGUGGUCAUCAGCUCUCGCAAACAAAAAGAAACCUCCGCAAGAUGGCCAAUUUUUACGUUCCAAUCGAGGCUGUGAGUGAGAAGCCUCCAUCGAGCGUACCACGCAUUUUGAGAAGGCGAUUGGCAUUGACUCAUACGUCCUACAAAUGGCUGGACAUCGGAAUCAACGCCGGACCUUUGUCCACGAUCGAUCUGACGAUCGGUGACAAUCGCGGCAACUGCAUCGUUCUGUCUCACGAAACUUGGAGAGCGCUGAUGGAUAGGCGCGCGGACGUCGAGCGACUCGUGCAGUCAACUCCGACAUCAUCGCCAUCGUUAUCGAUCUGUGACCUGACAGUGCGACUCGUGAAAAUACGCGACGACAACAUCGUUGUAAAAUUGGCAACGCGCGACGCUUUUAUUUACAUGAAGCCCGUGACCGUGCUGUUCACGCUCGAAUUCGAGUAUUGCGUCGAGAACAUAUACAUCGACUUGCGGCAAACUGUAAUUACCGUUGACAAUCGGUACAACGCAUUCGUAUCUUUCCUGC